CCUCGAGAAAAAGUUACUGAAAAUUUCGUAUUAAACCAUCCGCGAGAUUCAACCACAGAUAUUGCAAGGAACCAAUCUGCUAAAGGACGUGAUGCUGAUAUCAACUUGAACAAAUCUCAAAUCUCUAAUGGCAAGGCUUUAAUGAACUUGAUCAAGGCCAACGUCGGACCUGGACUUCUGGCUAUCCCUAAUGCGUUUCGAAAUGCUGGCUUACUUGUUGGAACUCUAGGGAUCCUCAUUUUGGGAAGUUGCUGUAUCCACUGCAUGCACAUCUUGAUAAGGUGUAGCAACAGACUAGAAGCCAAGACCGGCACACGGGAUUAUGAUUAUGCUAAGCUUGUGGAAUAUGCUUAUAUGUAUGGACCAAAGCCACUAGUGAAGUACACUCGUCUGGCAAGACAGAUCGUCAACAUUUUCCUAAUCUUAACUCAGUAUGGGUUUUGUUGUGUCUACUUUAUAUUUAUGGCAUCAUCUAUCCAACAAUUGGUGAUUGGACACGCUGACCCUGAACCACAAGUGUUUUUGAAAUUCCUUAGUGCUGUCUUGCCUGUGGUCGUACUCUUCACUUAUUUUCGAACUUUGAAUCACCUAGGAGUAAUUGCUACUUUUGCAAACAUAGCUUUAAUGCUGGGCACGUGCAUCGUCUUCGUGAACCUGUUUCAAGAGAUGCCUGGUAUACGUGUUAGGCCUCUAUCCGUCUCCAUAACCAGAUUCCCGCUAUUUUUCGGAACCGUGAUGUUCACUUUUGAGGCUAUAGCUGUAGUGCUACCCAUCAAGGCUGAUAUGAGAUCCCCACAGGACUACGGGGGAUACACGGGGGUUCUGUCGCUCGGUAUGGUUAUCGUGACCAUUAUGUACACAGCUAUGGGCUUCUAUGGAUACCUUAAGUUUGGAGACCAAGCUCAGGGAAGUAUUACCUUAAAUCUGCCCACAACUCGCCUUUAUAGCUCUGUACAAGUGAUGUUCAUCAUCUCCAUUUUCGUGACUUACCUUCUGCAGUUCUACGUUCCGUUCCAGUUCAUUUGGCCGUACUUUAAGAAGACAUUUAGACUAGAAGAACGGGUGUCAAGAAGAACCCAGUUAGCGCUGGAGUUGCUGCUUCGAACCCUGCUCGUCUUUAUAACUUUUUCUCUAGCAGCUUUUAUUCCAAAGCUUGACUUGUUUAUCCCUGUGGUGGGAGCCGUGGCCAGCAGCUCUCUUGCUCUAAUUUUUCCUGCAAUUCUAGAAAUUGUUGUUUUCUGGGAUGCUCCAAUGAGUAAGUGA